AUGGACGAUGUGCUGGAGCACGAUCUCGACUCUCACACUGGUCCCACGAAGUUUCACCUUCCCCCUCUUCCGUCACCCAGCCGCCGUCGCCACUCGCCCACACCAACGACAAAGCUUGCGUACCAAGCUCACCUCGAAGACCAGGCGAAGCUCGACAAGGCGCUCGCCAAGCGAAGACGGAUAUACGACCGUGACCUCUGGUACAUGCACAUUCCCUCGAAUAAGUGGACAAAGUACACAAACAUCUCGCCCUACGACUUCCGAAGCUCGAGCGAGGUCGGCAAUGGAGAGUCGAGCUCUGAUCCUGCGUCGAGCGAGAGUGAGACGGCCAGGCGAGCUCGGAGCUUCCUGACACGGGAGCUGCAGCUCUUUCCGCAAGUCGAUCCGCAGGCAACGACGACACAGCUCAUCAAUCUCUUCAAGGUUGUUGAUCUUCGCAGCGUGAUUGCCGGGAACCUUCUACACGACCUGAUCGGGAUCGAGGGGAACCGCGUUCUUCACGAGCUGUAUUCCUUUCUCCGCAGCCCUUUUGAGCUCGAGGACUGGGACGAUAUCAACCAGUACGGUGCCGACGAGUGCCCGCGCGGUCGUACUGUGUCGCGGUCGCCUCCGCCGGAAGCUGAGUCGCGGGGAAGAUCACGAAGCCGCUCUCGAACCUGGUCCCGGAGCCGAUCCCGCAGCAGGUCAUGGUCUCGCUCGCCGUCGCGGGACCGAUGGAGCCGGGAUCAGUCCCGAUCUGUUUCGGCGGACCGGGACCGGCGCCGUCGGGGCGAUCAGUUUGUGCCUCCGGUGCUGAGUGGGGAGAGGCGAUGGGACAAGUCGGACUCGUGGGUCGACCCAGAGUUUGCCCGACCAAGACGGCGACGGAGAGGCGGCAAGCGCGAGCGGGAACGUGAGGCGCGGAGAGAAGCAGCAAAGGAGCGGGAUCGAAUCGGCGUCGAGCAGCCGCACAUCAACCCAGCUCUUGCUGGAGCCACUGGCGACCUCAGCAUCAAGGGCAGCGCGGAGCGACGACAGAGUUUGCUGGAGCGCUUGGCGAAGCUGAAGUCGCAAGAGGUUGCCGGCGCCCUUCAGCAGACGGUCGUCGUGGUCGAUACUUCCAAGACGGAGAGCAACACAUCGAGCCCCCAGAACGAGGAGGACAAGGCUGCUCAGCUGAGAGAGAAGUUGAUCGCAGAACGGAAAAGGAAGGUUCUGAGAGAGCAGUUGCUGGCACGGAAGAAGGCGAAGACGGAGGCCAGGACAGAAAAUAACGGCGUCACUAUCGCUGCUGCGCCUCCCCAACCGACGAGCAUCACAGAGUCAACCUGA